GGUAUUGUAAUGUGUUAAAGAACUGUGUUCGCGAACAAAAGUAAGGAAGUUAAAUGUGUGAAAUAUGUGACAUUUAGCACAAACCAACUAUAUUUGGUUUACGCAUCAAUAUAGCAACACUUAUGGCUACAACUGAGGGGUUUGGCGAAGGAUUUGAAAUAAAAUUAAAGGAAUUUAAUAAUGAUUACGAACAACUGCGUAGAAAAUCAGGGCAAGAAACACCAUACAGUACAUACACAAAACAAGACGAAGAAGACACUAACCAUGUUAACACAGAGAGUGGUACAUUAAGUGACUAUGAAAAAGUACGCAGAAAAUCAGGAGAGGAAACUCCCUAUAGUGCACUCAUGGAACAAGACGUAGAAAGUACUAAAGAUGUUUACAUAGGGAUUCGUACAACAAAGAAUGACUACGAAAAAAUACGUAGAAAUUCAGAAGAAGAAACUCCAUAUAGUGCAUACACGAAACAAGACGAAGAACAUGCUAAAGUCGUUAACAUAAAGAUGGGUACACCAAGGAAUGACUACGAAAAACUACGUACAAAAACAAGAGAGGAAACGCCUUACUGUACCUAUCAAACAGAAAACGAAGAAGAUACUAACAACCUUUACACAGAGAUCGGUUCACCGAGUUUCAGUUACAGUACUAGUGCCCCGGAGAUAAACAGCCUCCAGCCGUUGGUACCUACGCAAACAUUCUGUAAUAGAAAAAAGAUAGGACAGAUAGUUGCCAUUUGUGUCGGUUUAAUCACAAUAAUUUCAGUCUCUGUUGUUAUUUUUGUCUUUAGGAACGGAACUGAAAAUAAUGGUAUCGAACAGGAAAAGGGUGAUAGAGUGACGGAGACAACAAACGUAAUUAUAUUGUCUACAACGCCACCUACAACACAGUCGACUGUUCAGUCUUCUGUUACAACAUUGUCUACAUCUAAAGUGGAGUCUUGGCUAUCAUGGGGUAUGUGGUCCGUAUGCUCUGUGACAUGCGGCGCCGGUAUACAUGUGCGCUAUCGUAGAUGCAGUGGAAAGGCACAUGAAGGAUGCCACGGAAAAUACAAAGAAGUUCAGGAAUGUUUUAGAAAUAUUUGUCCAGUAUACGGUAUUUGGACAAUCUGGUCAUCUUGGGGAGAUUGUAACGUAACAUGCGGUGAUGGGCGACAGACACGUACGAGGACAUGUUCGAAAUUGAACACUACUAACAUUGACUGUGUUGGAAAACAUUUCAAUGAACAGAAUUGCAACUCGGGUAUUUGCCCAGAUUGUUCAACGGUUUGUAAGUCCGGCACAUUGCAUUUGGACUGUACUGCAUGUAUAUGCAAUCAGAUUAUCACAGGGCGUGUUGUUACAUCCAGUCAGGCACCUUUGCAAAAUGUGUCCUUGUACGUAAAUAAUGCAGCGGCUGAUGUUAUAGCCACAACUAAUUCCUUUGGCGAAUUCCAACUUUCAAAUGUAUGCUUAAACUCCACAAUUCUGUAUAUCAAAAAAGGCUUUGCCGAAUUGUCUUCUAAGGUCACCACCACGAGUAUAAACAUUACUCUGAGAGCAAUAGAAUUGCCGUACAUAACAGUUGAACCACAGCCGAAAUCAAGGCUGACUGGAGAAAACGUUACACUGUGCUGCUCAGCCCAAAGCAAUCCUGGUAUCAAGUACUACGAGUGGUUCAAAUACUCAAACGUGUUAGAUGAACGACUGUAUUCCAAUGGAACAAUGCUUCUCUUGACCAGUCUGAAUAGUUUUGACACUGGAAAAUACAGUUGCCGGGCUAACAGUGCGUAUGGGUCCAUAAAAUCCUCGGUUGCGGACCUUGUUGUAAAAGAUAAUCCAAAUGGGUUUUGCCUGGAUGCCUAUGAGCAAAGGCGAAUUGAAUUGCCCUACGACUGUAUUCAACAUGACACAAACACCUCAAGCAUAGAAGUUGGAGACUGUAAGCCUAAACUUUGCAGACUAAGUAGUAAAGAAUAUGAAACACCUUCAUGUAGAGAUGAAACGCAAAGUUGCUGCUCUAUUUCAGAUUUUGAAAUGUUAACUGUUCAAUGCACAGGCUAUCAGUUAUCUGUUAUGAAAGCUAAUUCUUGCGGAUGUGGCACUUGUGACUUAAGUCAUGUAAAAAUUAUCGGGACCGUCCUAAUGUAUCCGUCAAGAAAGAUUGCAAAAUAUUUCCAGGUACAUUUAAAUGGUAAGUUUAAGACAUAUACAAACUCUAGGGGUUCUUUUAAAGUCAGUGUUGACAAAAAUUACGGCUCAGCUGUUCUGACUGUAUUCGGCGUUGAUGGAGGUACAGCAACCAAAGUUGUAUACAUCUCUGAUUCGACAAAAGGGACCAUAUAUACGACUGUAUAUGUUGCACAAGUUACAAGUACAAUUCAAUUUGACCCGACAAAAGAAAUUAUCAUAGACAUUGGCAAAGACCUUCAAGACGCAGAAAAUUCGGUUGCAGAAUUACAUAUACCAAAAUACGCGUUUGCUGACUCUUUAUAUCGAUUGCAAACUGCAACUGUAACGUUAUCUAUUUCAUAUCUAGAUGCAAAGAACGUUACUGAUAUGGAUAAAAUGCCAGGGUUUUUGUAUCAUGUUAAUCAACGAGGCGAGACUGAGUCCCUUAACUCAUUUGGUUCAUUCUAUGUCACAGCAUAUGCUUCUCAAACAAGGGAGAUCCUGUCUGUAAUAAAUAAAAUAAACGUUGUUAUUGGCAACAGAUUAACAUAUAAUGCAAAGGACGUUUCUUUGUACAAAUUAAAUACGGUGUCGGGGUACUGGGAUAAUGUAAAUAUCAAUGAUAACGUUUGGGGAACUCUUGAUUCAUUGGUAAUGUCCUCGUGGAUUACAGUUGGUCAACUUGAAAAUUCAAAGGCAACCUGCUAUUUCAAUGUUCGGGUGUAUGAAGAUUCAACAUUGACGACCCAAAUAACAAAUAGUCGAUAUCCUUUCUUUUUGCAAGCAGUGCAUACCACCAACCAUAGUUCCUUUGAAACGUAUGGACAUACAUUUUCACCUAGUUCCUCAUGUUUCCAAACAAUUUGCAAUGGCAAUAGUGGCUAUAUAGAACUGUGGAUUAGUAACAUUGAGAAAGGCUCUGACGAGUAUUUGCUACCAGCUGAUACAGAAGUAUAUGCUGACAUAGGUUUUCCCAUAAAAAAGCAAAACGUUGUGAAUUAUUUUGUAACACAUGGGGAUGAGCAUCUGAGUCUUUCAUUCAUCAACAGUACAGAUGGCCCAUUUUAUAACUCCAGAUCGUCAUGCUUAGCUGAUAAUGACGCACAUUUUAAAUUCUACUUUAACGGAUCUAUUCGAAAUGUUUUCACUUUAAAACCAUUCUAUGAUGUUUAUUCAGACAACUCCGAAAACAAUCAAUAUAUUAGCAAGCGUGUUUGGUACCAACAGCGAGCAGAAGGGUACAGGGUUUGUUUUGUAAAAGCAAAAUUCAAUACCCAGAGUGAAAAAAUGUUAAGGAUACGUGCAACAAGUUACGGAGGAACAAAUGCAAACAUAACGGGCGAGAUACUUGGUAUACGAGAAGAACAUAUAUUACUGACAUCUACCAUUUGCUUAGAAUAUAAAUGUAGUGGAACAAUCAAUGAACAAUUUUCCUGGAGUGAAUAUGAUAACACAAGAGUCAGUAUAAGUACACAUGAACCAUGCUCAGUGGAGUCUUUCAGCCAACCUUUAAUUGACAAAUUUUCAGAUAUCAAUCUUAACAACACGGCUGCGGGUACAUUUUCGUUUUAUGCCCCGACAGUACAUUCACCAAAACUGGGUAUCUAUUCUGCAAGCUCAAACAGUGGUGACAUUGCGUCGGCGAGAACCGUCGCUAAAGGAGAAUGUCGGUCAGGAAAACCAAUGGAUUAUUCUUCCGACAAUCCAGAUACAGGGUUAGCUGUAACCUUUUUAUGUACCCGUAAAUAGGCGCUCAAGAUAAAACACAAUCAGAUGUCGUGUCUAUUAGCCACUUGAGUCUUGAAUUAAGACCUGGUUUAUAAAAUAUUUUUGUGUAUACUGUGCUCUGUCUUAAAGUUUGCUAUGUAGCACGGGUUGUAAUAAGACGUUGGACAUGGAGCUUGCGACAUUUUGCCAUAAUAGAUUUAUUGCUGCAUAACAAUAUCACAAUAUCAUAAUUUUAUUUACAUCAAAACGUUACAAUAAAAUACGGAUUCUGGACAAAAAUUGCACUAUUAAGCAAGUUAAGUUAAAAUUAUCACAAUCAAGUAAUCACAGAUACAUCAAUCCAGUCCUAUUACAUUUAUGCUAAAUUUUCAAUGAAUUGUUAUGCAAAGGAUAGCCCAUAAAGUCAUAAGACUUAUUUCCAAUGGGGUCCUUGUGCAAAAAAUACAAAAAAGAUAAAACAAAACUGGUCAAAGGAAAAGGUCAAGAAUGGCGGAACAUUAAGAAAGUAUGCAAAGUGAAGCAAUGAGUUUAGGACUUCAUUGUCAAUACUAUAACACAUUAUAAUAAAAGCUCUAAGACUAAAAACAUUUAGUUUACCAAUUAUUGGUCUGAACUAUACAAUCCCAGGAAAUAUAUUUUUACCUCAAAUUUAAAUUGAUGAUACCUUUUAUAGGAUUUUAUGACUUCAGAAAGAUUAUUCCAUACAUUUAUACUUUUAAAGUAAAAUGUUGCUGCUGAUGUAGAAUUCACCAUUGGUGCAAAGAAAUUGAAAGCACUAUUAUAUUUUCUGGUCUUGUAUGAAUGAAGAUCAGCAAUCCGAAUAAAACUUUCUGACAGAUAUGACGGACAUUUUCCAUGCACAAUCUUGUGAACAUGGUUCAGACUUAACUGUUUAACCCUGUCCUCAAUCUUAAGAAUAUCCAAGUUCUUAAAAUCUAAAUUUAAAAGAGACGUUCUAGGCGAAUAAUUUAAUAUAAAUCUGACAACUUUAUUCUGGGUUGUUUGCAGUCUAGUUCUGAGCUACUUAUUAAUACCAUUGUACCAUGCUGAACAGGCAUAAUCAAACUUACAUUGAAAUAAUGAAUUACAUAAUGAUUUUUUUCCCUCAUACUUUGAUUUAGCACUUUGCUUUGUCUAUAAAGAAAUCUCAGUCUACUGUUGACUUUCUUUAUAAUGUCAUUUAUACAAGUUUCACCAGAAAGAUCACUGUCUAAUACAUAUCCUAAAUACUUUACAGAUUUUCGAGACUUGAUUACUUUAUCAUAACAAUUUACAUUAAAUUCAUCUACCUUU